AGCCCCGAGAGCAGCGGGGGCCGGCGGGGGCGCACAGGCGAGUGCGAGUGGACGCGGCCAGUCAGGCCAUGGCGGUGGGCAGGCGAGGCCAGGGCGCCCGGAGGUAGAGGUAGAGACGAGCGCUCAGCGGAAACCCCGGCCCGCCCCGAUCCCCCGACCCCCCGACCCACGAAGGGCGCGGCCGCGCGCUUCCGGCCGGACCGGAAGCACCCGGCAACGGCGCUGCGCGCGAGGAUGCACUUCCGGUUCGGGGCGGCCGCCGUGCUCGCGACUUCCAGCAGGUGGCGCUGGGGCCCCGGGAACGCGGAGGAGGCCGUUAGCCCUCGAGCAUUCUGGGAGUCGUAGUGCUACCUCUUCCUCCUCCCUCUUUUCCCUACUCAAUUCCGGCUCGUGGCGAGAAGGAGAGACGCCGUUUCCGGGGAGGGGAGGCACGGAAGAAAAGUGAGGACGCAUGCGCAGGGGCUCCGCGACGCGACAGGCCUCGGGAGUAGCGGCCCAGUGCCUUGUGGGAGAUGUAGUUCUUCAGGUGCGGACGCCGCGUCGCUGGGCCGGCGGAGGACUCGGUGUCCCGGGAGGCCGCGCGCGGCGCAAGAUGGAGCCGGCCCGAGCGCGCCGAGCCGGUAGGUUUGUGCCAAGGGAGUGCGGCGCUGACCCGCGGUCGCGUCCCUGGGAGGCCCCCCCAGAGCGCCUCGUGUCUCCGCUCCCUCGCGGCCCGGGCCUUGGGAAGCCUGGACGCUGUCCGGCCCAGGCCCCCGACGGGGCGGAGAAAGCGCGCGGCUCCGCUUCCGAAGGGGGCAGCGCGCGCCGGCGGGAGGCCAGUGGUGCCGCCCCCGGGCCCGCGAAGUUGGAGGCGAGCUCCCGGAAACAGCGUCCCGGACCCCGAGUCGGGGGCCCUGUCCCCCGGCCGCUUGGCGAGCGCGGCGGCGGGGGCCGCAGGAGCGCGCGUCUGGCCGGAGCGCCUGCGUGCCGUGCGACCGGCGCGCUGGCUCCCUCUGCGGCCUGCCAGCCCUGGGACGCGCUGGGGGCGUGUUUCGCGCGCCCGGUCCCGCCUGGAGCGGAUCCCGCGCCCGGGGGCCGUGCCCCAGAGCCGUGGGGCUCUGGUCGGCGUUCGAUCGGCGGUGGGGGCUCUCGGGGGCUCUCGGCCGCUCCCGGCCCACUGCCUGGGCCUCCCUGGGCGCACGCACCACAGGGCGUCGCCGCGGACCAGGGGGCUGGGUGGGUGGGCGGGGGAGGCCGGGCUGCCCUCUGAGCCCGGAAGUGCCAGGUGCGGGGUGCCCGCCUGGUCGCACUCGGGCGGCUGCAUGAGUGCGGGCGGCACUCCCGGGCCCUGCUGGGAAAGGCGAGGGGUGUGCGGGCUGGCGGGGGCGGUGCCACCGGAGGCUGCUGCGAGAGCGGCGGGGCUCGCCUCCGCCCGCCUCCCUGCGGGCUCGACCCUCAGGUGCCAGGGACCCGGCUGCACACCCCUGCGGGGCCCCGGCCUCUCCCAGCAGUGAGGAGCGGACCUCCUCGCCCUGCAGCAGCAGGUGGCCCGUCUCCGUGGGGUACCUGGGACGUGCCCCGCGCUGUGCUGAGCGGUUAGGGAGCCAGCCCACCGGCUGCAGAGUAGCAGCGCCCAGCGCAGGCUGCUGCUCACCCGGGGCGGCCCUGGCUGCCCGCCUGCCACCACAGCCCCACCCCCGGCGGGCCCCAGACGUGACCUGCGAGUGUUGAGCGAGGCGAUCUUUACCAGGCAUCUGCUCUCGGGCCUGGCGCCUGUCUGGGCUCCCUAAGCCCGGGACCACCCCUUGGGGGGUGUGGCACCACUUGGGCACCUUUGCGGUCUGAUCUGAAUGUUGGCUCUUCCCGCCCUCAGCCCGCUGCCGCUGGGCAGCUGACGGGAGCCGGACCGAGGCCAGCACGCCUUUGCCAGCACUUCCCCCACCAGCACUCCAGUGUCCGCACAGACAGCCGUCAGACAACGGAGGUGAGCGGGCUUUCGGGGGACGGGCAUCUCUGUCCUUCGCCUUGUAGGACAUAGUUCUUCCUGUGGGUCCUGCCGCCGGCCCAGGGACAGUGGGUCUACAGGAGGGACCUCUCCUAAGUGCCUGCGAUCCUCAGAAACGAACUUCUUGGGCUGUCUGGUCUGGGUGUGGUGUGCCCUGGGACACAUGUCUGAGGCAGGGGCAGGAGAGGCCCCGGAAGCCGAGCGAGGGACAGAGGACGACGCUCUGCCUUCUGACGCCGUCUCUCUCAGCGACUCAGACUCUGAUUUCAGCCUGCCUGCCGGUGCUGAGAUGGAAGCUCUGUCCCCAGGAGUGCUGCCUGGGGAGGCCCAGGGGGACUCAGACCCUGAUGAGUCUCCUUCGCCUCCGAGGGGCCUCCCCACGGCCUCAGUGCAGCCGUUCCACCUGAGGGGCACGAGCUCCACCUUCUCCCGGCGUAGCCACAACAUCUUUGACUGCCUGGAGGGCGCAGCCAGGCAGGUUGUGCCCUCUGUGGCCCAGACGGGCCCGGGUGACGACGGGGGCUUCCUUCGGCCACCGGCACCCUCAAGCCAGCCUCCAGGAGAGGGCCCAGGCAGAGCUGGUCAGAGCCCUGCCCCCCCGAAGUUGCCCCCCGUCCCUGACUACGUGGCCCACCCUGAGCGCUGGACCAAGUACAGCCUGGAAAACGUGGCCGAGGUCAGCGAGCAGAGCAACCGGGCCGCCGCUCUGGCCUUCCUGGGCUCCCCGAGCCCGGCUGCCCCCAGUGACUACAUGCCCUCUUUCAACCAGGAUCCCUCCAGCUGUGGGGAGGGAAGAGUCAUCUUCACCAAACCCGCCCGAGCUGGCGAGGCCAGGCCUGAGAGGAAGAGGGCCCUAAGGAAGGCUGGAGAGCCGGGCAGGGCUGCGCCUGGGAACCUGGGCGCCGCAGGGGGUGAGGGCCCUGUGGAGCUGGCCCACCUGGCCGGGCCUGGGAGCCCCGAGGCUGAGGAGUGGAGCAGCCCCCUCGGGGGCCUUCAGGAAGUGGGUGUGCUGCAGGCCGCUGCCCACACUGGGUCAGCAGCCAGGCCCCCGGUGGUGGAGACUGUUGGCUUCCAUGGCAGCAGGAAACGGAACAGAGACCAUUUCCGGAACAGGAACAGCAGCCACGAGGCCCCAGGUGCCGAGAUCUAAGAGAAGAGACUGACCAGGCUGGCAGAGGAGGGCAGCCAGGGCCACUGGGCACUUGGGGUGGCGCGCAGCUCGGGGCCUCAGCCCCUAGGGAAGGGAGCCAGCGGGCUGCCAGUAGGAGGUGCCGGCAGCCUGGGCUGGGGCUCAGGGUAGCGGUCUCUGAAGCAGACUCCUUGCCAGUGGAUGGCAAAAACCCUGCCCAUCAUGUGCCCCUGGGGCAACAGUAAAGGUUUGGGGUAUUCCUUUGGC